GACGAUCUCCGAGCAGGAGCAGAGGUCUCACUCCCACUCUACGGCUCGUUUCUCCGCAACGUAGGAAACUCCACCAAAGAAACUCGCCAGAAAUACCGACUAACACGCUGGAAACAACACGGGAGAGUCUGGAAAAUGGCAGUUUCCCGUUGAGGUGACAGAGAAAUACACAACACCGCUGUCCAUUUUCUCUUCUGAGACCUGUGUCAUUCAUAUGAGCAGUCACAUUCCUUCUAGCAUUUAAACAGACGAGGGAGAGUCGUCUUCUCACCCCAUUUGCUUCAGCUAAAGUCCUCAGGACUCUAGCUCAGGCCUUCACCAGAGACCUGUCCUGUUUUAGCUGCGUGUUUCUGCCUCUCAGAGCUUCCUGUGACUCUCCAUGAGGAGAUCAUGCAGACCUGCUGACCUGCUUCCCCGGUGAAAGGUCUGACUAUUGUGCUGCUGUCGCUGCACCUGUGGUGGCAGUUAUGAGUGCUGCUGAUCAGGAUUCACUCAGAACUUGUUGUCCGUACAUGUGGAGCUGACAUCUUAAAGUCCUUCCUGCUGAAGAAACACUCUGAGCAGGGAGCCAGGAGGAGUCUCGACUGUUAAUCUGUUUUCUGACACUACCCCCCCGGGAGCCCCGCAGAAGUAACCGUGUCUCCUGUAGGCUGUGCCAUGCCCACUAACCAGUCUUCCCCCUGGGGUGGGGGGAAGCUCCGGGCUUGUUCCAGUGCAGAUAGUGCCCCGACUGCUGCCUCUGUUUGUACGCAAGACGAGACAAGUGCUGCCUCUGAAGUGCCUUUUGGUCGGACGCCCUCCGAGCUGUCCUGGAAAGAAGAGCAAUCCAGUUGUCAGUCCUCUCCUGCUGCCUCAUCAGUGGCCUCACCUACGGGAUCUGUGCAGGAGAAGGAAGGCAGAAACACAACCAGCAUCUGGGACCAGUUCCCUGCUGUGCUAGAUGGGUCUGUAACCCUCCCACAACAACAAAAGUGGAUUCACAGUCCAAAUCAGGUAACGGCACCAUCAGAACUUAAACGAACGGGCAGCAGCAGCAGCUGUAGCAGCUGCAGCAGCUCCUCCUCCAGCUACAAAGAGGAGCUCCAGGUGAUGGACGCCAUGCAGAAAUGUGCAGGAAUCCAAACCAGAGAAAACAGUUCAGCGGUGAAGAUUCAUCACGGUUCCUCGGGGGCGUUGAUACUGGGGUUGGAGCCUCCUUCAUCAGCUGAACAUCCAGACCUGUUGAUCAGAGGACAUUCCCCUCUGAAGCACAGCAGCCGACUAACGCCUAAAGCUGCAGACUGUUCAUCUCCACCACCAGUGCCUCACGUGUGCCUUGCUCUUCAUAAACAUCAGGGGACGACGCCAGGGAAGAAGCCCUCGUGCCAUGAAAGCACAAAAAAAGAAACGAGGACCACUAGAAGAAAAACCAGUGUCACGCGGAGGAGCCGUUCGGCUAAAACAGCCCUGCAGCGCAGUCGGACACCAAAAGUCCACGCGACAUCACGUCGUUUUAGCGGUCAGCUGCUGGCUAGAGGUGUUUCUGCAGCAGUUCCAGACCGUGAGCCCGUAAUAGCAGAUGUGAGCUCAGGUCAAGAUGCAGUCCUGGUGGGGUCCGUGACCACUCAGAUCUCAGCCAUCCACCUCACCAAGGUGGAUGGACAGCCUUCCUCCACGUCAUCUCCAUCCUCCUCCUCCUCAUCCUCCUCCUUGUUGACGGAGGAGUGUCCGGUCAGGGAGGCUCAGCUGACGGGGUCAGAGUGUGUCAUGCAGGUGGAUGGAAUCGAGGAGGAUCUGCCUGAUGAGCUAGAGAAUGCCUGCAGUGAUGACGAUGAUUCGGACGGUUCUUCCAUUAUCGACACUUCAUCCACAGCAUCCAUCCCCCUGGUCUCUAGCAUUGAAGAACCAAUGGUACUGGGGGUAGAGGACGACCGAGAAGAGCGGCCAGCGCUGCUUCCCAGUUUGUUUCCACUCGUGCCUCCAACCCUGUACUUCAGCACCGCCAAUGAGAAAGUGGAGAUGCUGCCUGCAGAGCAACGACGCCUGUUGAAAUGGAAGAUGAGCACCGUAACCCCCAACAUCGUCAAGCACACAAUCGCCAGGUCACACUUCAAAGCCACCAAGAAGAGCCAUGACUGGUUGGGCUGCUGGGGACACCACAUGAAGUCUCCCAGUUUCAGGUCACUUGCAGAGCACCAGAAGUUGAACCACUUCCCGGGAACAUUUCAGAUUGGUAGGAAGGACAGGCUGUGGAGGAAUCUGUCCAAGAUGCAGCUUCGCUUCGGCAAACAGGAGUUCAGCUUUUUCCCACGGACCUUCAUCCUUCCUCAGGACAUCAAGCUGCUCCGUAAGGCCUGGGAGGAUGGCAGCUCCAAGCAGAAGUGGAUCAUCAAACCCCCUGCGUCAGCCAGAGGAAUAGGUAUCCAGGUUAUCCACAAAUGGAGUCAGAUUCCUCGUAAGAGACCACUUCUAGUACAAAAGUACCUUAGCAAGCCCUACCUCAUCAGCGGUAACAAAUUUGACUUGCGCAUCUACGUCUAUGUGACGUCCUACGAUCCCCUCAGGAUUUACAUCUUCUCUGACGGACUGGUUCGAUUCGCCAGCUGCAAGUAUUCAUCUUCCAUGAAGACUCUUGGAAACAAGUUCAUGCAUCUGACCAACUACAGCGUCAACAAGAAGAACUCCGAGUACCAGACGAAUAGCGACGACAAGGCCUGCCAAGGACACAAAUGGGCUUUGAAGGCCUUGUGGCAGUAUCUGGGCUCUAAAGGCGUCAACACCACCCUGUUAUGGGAGAAGAUUAAAGACAUUGUGAUUAAAACUGUCAUAGGCUCUGAGCCGUAUGUCAACACCCUGCUGAAGAUGCACGUUAAAACGCCUUACAGCUGCCAUGAGCUGUUUGGCUUUGACAUAAUGCUGGAUGAGAACCUGAAACCGUGGAUCCUGGAGGUCAACAUAUCACCCAGCCUCCACUCCAACUCGCCACUUGACGUUUCCAUCAAAGGGCAGAUGAUCCGGGAUCUCCUGAACCUCGCCGGCUUCCACAUCCCUCAGAGAGAAGAGCUGGUGUCCCCCUGCAGCAGCGCCUCCAGCUCCACCAGCAGUUUGUGUGGCGGGAACAGGGACAAGACCCAUCUGUCUACUGAUGAAAAAGUCAAACGAGCGUUUUACCUCACGCAGCGUUACGCUGACCAGGACUUCCUCUCCUCAAUGUUGGAGGUUUUGACUCCGGAGGACGUCCGUGUGCUGGCGGAGAGCGAGGACGAGCUGAGCCGUCGGGGACAGUUUGAACGGGUUUUUCCAUCGCCCUCAUCAUCACGCUACCUUCGGUUUUUUGAGUGUCCCAGAUAUCUGAACAUCCUGCUGGACCAGUGGGAGCAGAAGAACUGGAGCGACAGGACCAAAGGUAUCGGUUUGUUGAGUACGCUGUGUCUGAAAGGAGUCCAUCUGGGAACCAGUGACCCUGCACACAUGUGGUCCAAGUAUAGCUCCAGGUGCGAGUUGCCAAGAAGUGGUGUGACGAGCGCAUCCAGGCCCAGCGUGGUGGUGACGCACCAGCCCCGCCCCCACCCCAGCGCCGCGGACGGCUCAGACAUGGAGGCCGCCUCUCCCAGUCCAGAGUCCAGCAGCAGCAGCAGCCCGACCCAGAGCUUCCAGGACCCGGAGCUGGCCCCGUCCUGCUGACGGGAUGUCCGGUACUGAGAACAGACGGUCCGGGUUCUCUGGACCAGAACACCCAAACACAACUUCAUGCUGAGGCGUAACAGCUGACAACCUUGUGCUGGACGUGGUUUUUGAAAAUGACUUGAAAGCUGUGCCGAAAUCAAAACUGCAGUCACUUUGUGGGUUUUCUCUCUCGGGCCUUGGCGCUUGAUGACAUCUACAAUUAAAUUCUCAGAAUUAAUGGGACGCCGCAGUCGGGAGUGUUUGAAGCUGGUUGCAGAUGCCUGAUCUUUGAUUUGACAGUGAUGCAGUGCAGAUUUUUAUAGUAAUGGAGAAACUCUGAUACCAGUAUAAGCAGAAUGCUUCUCAAUGAAUGUUACCGGUCGCUCACUAACAUUAUCAGCAUGUGAAGCUGCUUGUUUGAGCUGCGUUGAACAGAUUUAGCAAAGUUUAACCCAGAAACGACCUCUGUCGGCUGAUUUUUGUGUUGUUUUUUUUUUUUUUUUUUUUUUUUAAUCCCUAAUUUUUUCCCCGAUAUUUUUUUUUCCCCCCCAUUUUAUCAGCCAGUGCUCCUACCUAAGUCGGUCCUGGGCAUUGCUCCCCUCUACCAACCCCGGGAGGCCCUGCACUGAGCUCAGGUCUCCUCCUUAUCCUGAGGAGUGAGCAGGCCACUUCUUUUCACCAGACGUGGGGUUUCUCCAGCCGGACGUAGCGCGUGGAAGGAUCACGUUAUUCCGCCCAGAUCCUCCCCACCCCAUCUGUUCCCCGGUUGGCCAGAGGGGGCAUGUAUAGCCCAGGACUGUUGCAUGUUUUUGUGAGGGUAGCUCACAUUAGCUACCCAAGGGAACACGGGGAGAACAUGCAAACUCCACACAGAAAGGCCCUUUCACCAAACCCACCCAGGGUGAAGUCAUGGGGGAACUUAACACGCAUUUCAGCGCCCACAGCGUCCCCGGCGGGAAUUUAACCCUUCUUGCUGUGAGACAGCUGCACUACCAGCUGCGCCACCAUGCCCCCAGACUUUUGUGUUUUAACAGAGUUUUCAACCUGUUGUUUACAUGACGAUUGUGGCUUCAAGGGAUCAAAUCACUGUGAUAACUCUCAUAGUCCACCGUGGAUGUUUUAUUUUUUCCUGCCUCUUUUAAUCUUCUCACCAUUUUUGUUCUGAACAUCUCCUAACAAGCAGUUUGUCCUCUCGGAGCUUUUCCGGAUUUAAACUGUGAAUAAGAAGAGCUGGAGUCGGAGCGGUGCUGCUGAACGUCUCGGGGGUCGUUCACCCCCUUAAACGCUUGGUGGUGGCCCACAGGGGGGAGAUGAUGUCUCGACACUGUGAUUUCAUUCAUGCUUUUACAUUUGACUGCUGUUUCAGCGUUCGGAGCCUGUUUAUCACAUUCCUCAAAGACUCAUGGACUCUGGGGGGUGGGUUAUGGUUUUUAUUCACGACCUGAGCUCAAAAGAUCCGAUGUUUAUGAACCGCUCAGAUGUUAACAAGCACUUUUAAAAGGUGCUUCACUUUUUGUUUCUGUGACUUCUUGAAAACUGCUAAAAACACGUAAAUGUUCAUCACUGCCGGGUGGAAGCAGAGCUAUACGGGCUGCCUGGGACGGAUGCUUAACGCUCACUCAGGGUGAACAGAAGCGUUUAAAAGAGGAGAUGUGGUUGCUACAACAACGUUGGUGACACACAGACACAACAGGCAGGUUACAGGGAAAGAAAACCGAAUGUCUGCUUCCGUUGGCAGGAGCAUGUCAAGCAUCUUCUCUGAGGACAGUUGAAGUGUUGACAGAUGAAGCCAAAAGGUGAUGGAAACGCUGCUGGAGAUGAAAAUGGGUCGCUGCUAACGUGAAACCACCUUUCCUCUCUACCUAAUGUUCCUAAAAUCGUUCUGUUGGGGUGUGAGUUCAAAAGGCCUCUAAGAGUUUAUUUGACACUAGUGGGAAAACUGCAGGAGACUCGUGUCUCGAUAAACAGAAGUGAAACGUUUGGUGACGUGCGUGUUUCUACCUGACGUGCCCACAAAAAAGCAAAAGAAGCACGAUCAGGCGGUUUGCUGUGUUUUCGUAGAAAACUGUUCAAAAACAUGAACCAAACAUUAUUUUACUGAAGCUUUUGCUCAGGACUGGUUGAACCAGCUGCACCUUGAAUCUGACCAAAGUGACGGCCGUCUCCGUCACAUCGUGCUGCAGCAGUCGCACCGCCGAGUUUCACGCCAGUUGAAUGCCUAAACCUUAGUCCUAUUAACAGAAGCUGCUGCGUUUACAUGUUCAAGGGCUGUUGUAAAUGCUCAGGAUGACAAUUUGAAAAUAAAGCUUAUUUGACAUACAA